UCGGAUCAAGGGUAACAUGCUCUCCUGACUGAGGCAACCCAACAAUGUAGUUCUUAAAUUCACAUUUCAUCAGAGUCGUUAAAUUUUCACCUUUUUGGACAUUAAAUUUUCACCAUCAUUGUGCUUUCCUGAAGCAAAAUUGCAUGGAGAAUCAUCCUCUAUUUUCCUUCCCCCAGGUCCAGACAGGCUGGGUGUCUCAUCCGUGAGUUCCAAACAGCUGCUUAUUGUUUCUGCUCAACAGAGACCCACUGGGCAUGACCAAACCUUUCUCUAUGAAUUAAACAGAAUGUUCACGGCUGCCCUCAGUGUCCAGGAGCAGCUCAAAGCCAAACUUUGACUCAAACCCUUUGUCCAUGAAGGUGUCCUAAGACUAUCUUGGUGUCUUAAAACAAUCUACUUCAUUAAGCCUUUUUCUUUUUCAAGUGAGAGCUCUUUAAGCAAAAGUUAAAUUUUAUCACUGACAUAUUGCCAUAAUUUUUUCAUGAAAUAUUUGAAAUGGCAUGAACCGUUUAAGGGCAAAGAGGAAUACUUUUCGAUGCUUUGUGUUUUGUUUGCUAUUAAGUUACAUUGGCAAUGUGUCCCAUUAUACAAACUUUAUGAUGGACUUAACCAUCAAAAUCAUUUCCUCUAACCCCAGAAAGAACUUGAAAUUGCUGUUCAUGAUGAUAGUAUUAAAGAUGACAUUUAUCAUCAUAAAAAUUGUAAUUUAAAAAUGUUAAAAUCUCUGUGAGAUUACCCCUGACUAUUAGAAAUCAAUCCUAGUCACCCCUCUCCACUCAAUUCAUUUCUCUCCUAGCACUUUCUGUUUUUACCUUUUUGCCGUUUUCUUUGUAACAUUUGUCACUGUUAGACAUAUUCAAUAAUUACAUGUUUAUUUGCUUAUUUUCUGUUUCCUUCCGUUACUGUGUAAACUCCUUAAGGACUAGACUUUCUGUUCUGUUCACACUUACAUUCCUAACACUAGCCUGGUGCCUAAUAGAGGGCAGGUACUCAAAUAGGAACAUACAGAAUGAAUGAACGAGAAGUAAAUGGAACUUUCUGAUAUGACUUGGGAUUUAAAAACUGACUUGUAAUUCAGUUACUUGGUCAAAGGUGGGAUUGUAGAGUGGUUUAUCCUCUGAAUAUUUACUCAUUUAUAAAAUGAAAAGGACACUUAUCCCCUGCAGAAGAGAUGAUAGACACAUGUAAGAUCUCAGAGCCAAAGUGGCUCCUUAAAUAUGGUAGCAACCCUCGGAUUUUAUCUCCUUCCUUCCCUUUUAGUUCACACCCUCUGUGUCUUAUACUCCUACUAGAGGUGAAGGAAAGUCAAGGAAGAGAGGAAGAGGUAGUGUAGGAGGUAGUGGAACAAAGAUUAGGGAUGAAUCUGGUCAGUUUUUUUUUUAGAAAUCAGCCCCCUUUUGCAAUUGAGCACUCCAAUAAAUAAUUGUCAAAGAAAUGAGGAAACUUUAAAGAAAUUCUAAAUCAGAAUUUAAUCUCUUUUAAGUGAAAAGUCAAAAUUUUUAAAAAAAUAUAUUCUCCUCUCACAAUUUCUCUGUGAUGAAUAGGAUUUGGAGGUAAAUUGUCCAAAAACGCACGUGCGCGCGCGCGCACACACUCACACACACACACAUUCUACCUAUGAAAUAUUGCCGUCUUUCUAUGAAUUACCAGAGGAAGGAAAAUUCUCAUGCAGAAUCAGGUGAGACAGUUCCUUUCAGAAAUCAAAGCACAGGAAUGUGUUGCCCGUGACUCCAUCACCAGUGUCCAGAGAAGUGACAAGACGGAAAGUGCACUUUUGUCCAAUCGAACUGAAGGACUCUAAGGAAGAAAAGUAUUUUAGUUCUGUGGCCAACACCAUCUCUAGAAUAUCACAACACAGACAUCUUACUUCUAUUCAUUUCUUUAAGGAAUCUUUCUUUGUUUUGGGGUCAGUUAUGGUCAUAAAGUUCAUAACUGCUGUAGACAGGACCAUUGGAAGACCACAAAUUGGAACAGCUGAAGUAUUCAUGCACAGGAGGCCAUGAACUUGGUGUCACUACAAAGCUCCCAGAGCGCCGUCUUCUAUCAUGUGACUUCAUAAUGGGCGGCCGCGUUAUCCUCCAACCACUCCCUUCGAAUUUCAGCAGAAGGCUACGGGGAGGAAAUAGCCUGCACUCAGAAUGGUCAGAUGUACUUGAACAGAGACAUCUGGAAACCUGCCCCUUGCCAGAUCUGCGUCUGUGACAAUGGAGCCAUUCUCUGUGACAAGAUACAGUGCCAGGAGGUACUUGAAUGUGCUGACCCCGUGACUCCCCCCGGAGAAUGCUGUCCCGUCUGCCCACACACAGCUGGAGGUGGCAACACCAAUUUCGGUAGAGGAAGAAAGGGACAAAAAGGAGAACCAGGUUUGGUGCCUGUUGUUACAGGCAUACGUGGGCGUCCAGGACCAGCAGGACCUCCAGGAUCACAAGGACCAAGAGGAGAGAGGGGCCCAAAAGGAAAACCUGGUCCUCGCGGUCCUCAGGGAAUCGAUGGAGAACCAGGUGUUCCCGGUCAACCUGGUGCCCCGGGGCCUCCGGGACAUCCGUCCCACCCAGGACCGGACGGCAUGAGCCGGCCAUUUUCAGCUCAGAUGGCCGGCUUAGACGAGAAGUCCGGACUGGGGAGUCAAGUGGGACUCAUGCCUGGCUCUGUGGGUCCUGUCGGUCCAAGGGGACCUCAAGGCUUACAAGGGCAGCAAGGCGGCGUUGGGCCUACAGGACCUCCUGGCGAGCCUGGUGAACCUGGACCCAUGGGUCCGAUAGGAGCACGUGGACCAGAGGGCCCUCCUGGAAAACCUGGGGAAGAUGGCGAACCUGGUAGAAAUGGAAAUCCCGGUGAAGUGGGGUUUGCGGGGUCUCCGGGAGCGCGAGGAUUUCCUGGGGCUCCUGGUCUUCCAGGCCUGAAGGGUCACCGAGGACACAAAGGUCUUGAAGGCCCUAAAGGUGAAGUUGGAGCAACUGGUUCCAAAGGCGAAGCUGGCCCUACUGGCCCAAUGGGUGCCAUGGGUCCAAUGGGUCCGAGGGGAAUGCCAGGAGAAAGAGGGAGGCUUGGGCCGCAGGGGGCUCCUGGACAACGAGGUACACACGGUAUGCCUGGAAAGCCUGGCCCAAUGGGUCCUCUUGGGAUACCUGGAUCGUCUGGUUUUCCGGGAAAUCCUGGGAUGAAGGGAGAAGCAGGUCCCACUGGAGCAAGAGGCCCCGAAGGUCCCCAGGGGCAAAGAGGUGAAACUGGGCCACCAGGUCCUGUUGGCUCUCAAGGUCUUCCCGGUGUGGUAGGAACUGAUGGGACACCUGGUGCCAAAGGCCCAACGGGCUCUCCUGGCACCUCUGGUCCUCCUGGCUUAUCAGGGCCCCCCGGAUCUCCAGGACCUCAGGGGAGCACGGGACCUCCAGGAAUUCGAGGCCAGCCGGGUGAUCCAGGAGUUCCAGGUUUCAAAGGAGAAGCUGGCCCAAAAGGCGAACCAGGGCCACAUGGUAUUCAGGGUCCAAUAGGCCCAGCUGGUGAAGAAGGGAAAAGAGGUCCCCGAGGUGACCCCGGGACAGUCGGUCCUCCAGGCCCAAUGGGAGAAAGGGGGGCUCCUGGCAAUCGUGGUUUCCCGGGCUCUGAUGGUUUACCUGGACCAAAGGGGGCUCAAGGAGAGAGGGGUCCUGUGGGCUCUUCUGGACCUAAAGGAGGUCAAGGGGACCCAGGACGGCCAGGUGAACCUGGGCUGCCAGGUGCUCGGGGUCUGACAGGAAAUCCUGGAGUUCAAGGUCCUGAAGGAAAACUUGGGCCUUUGGGGGCUCCUGGGGAGGACGGCCGGCCGGGUCCUCCAGGCUCCAUAGGAAUCCGAGGGCAGCCCGGCAGCAUGGGUCUCCCAGGCCCCAAAGGUAGCAGUGGUGACCCUGGAAAACCUGGAGAGGCGGGAAAUGCUGGUGUUCCUGGACAGAGAGGAGCUCCUGGAAAAGAUGGUGAAGUCGGUCCUUCUGGUCCCGUGGGCCCCCCGGGUCUAGCUGGGGAGCGAGGAGAGCAGGGACCUCCGGGCCCCACGGGCUUUCAGGGGCUUCCUGGUCCUCCAGGGCCUCCUGGGGAAGGUGGAAAGCCAGGUGAUCAGGGAGUUCCUGGAGAUCCUGGAGCAGUUGGCCCAUUAGGACCCAGAGGAGAGCGCGGAAACCCAGGGGAGAGAGGAGAACCAGGAAUAACGGGGCUGCCUGGUGAGAAGGGAAUGGCUGGGGGCCACGGCCCGGACGGUCCCAAAGGCAGUCCAGGACCAUCAGGGACCCCCGGAGAUACAGGCCCACCAGGACUUCAAGGUAUGCCAGGAGAGAGAGGAAUUGCAGGAACUCCAGGCCCGAAGGGUGACAGAGGUGGCAUAGGAGAAAAGGGUGCUGAAGGGACAGCUGGAAACGACGGAGCAAGAGGUCUUCCAGGUCCCCUGGGUCCUCCGGGUCCGGCAGGUCCCACUGGAGAAAAGGGUGAACCUGGCCCUCGAGGUUUAGUUGGCCCUCCGGGCUCCCGUGGCAAUCCUGGUUCUCGUGGUGAAAAUGGCCCCACUGGGGCUGUUGGUUUUGCCGGACCUCAGGGUCCCGAUGGGCAGCCUGGAGUAAAAGGGGAGCCUGGAGAGCCAGGGCAGAAGGGAGACGCCGGUUCUCCUGGGCCACAAGGUCUGGCAGGAUCCCCAGGCCCUCAUGGUCCUAAUGGUGUUCCUGGACUCAAGGGUGGCCGAGGAACUCAGGGGCCACCUGGUGCUACUGGGUUUCCUGGUUCUGCUGGCAGAGUUGGACCUCCAGGCCCUCCGGGAGCUCCAGGACCUGCGGGGCCCUUAGGGGAACCCGGGAAGGAGGGACCCCCAGGUCUUCGUGGGGACCCCGGAUCUCAUGGGCGAGUGGGAGAUCGAGGACCAGCUGGCCCCCCGGGUGGCCCAGGAGACAAAGGGGACCCGGGAGAAGAUGGGCAACCUGGUCCUGAUGGCCCCCCGGGUCCAGCUGGAACCACUGGACAAAGAGGAAUUGUGGGCAUGCCAGGGCAGCGUGGGGAGAGGGGCAUGCCUGGCCUGCCUGGCCCGGCGGGCACACCCGGGAAGGUUGGACCCACCGGUGCACCGGGAGAUAAAGGUCCGCCCGGACCUGUGGGACCCCCCGGCUCCAAUGGCCCCGUCGGGGAGCCUGGCCCCGAAGGUCCAGCUGGUAAUGAUGGUACUCCAGGACGGGACGGUGCUGUCGGAGAACGGGGUGAUCGUGGAGACCCUGGACCUGCAGGUCUGCCAGGCUCCCAGGGUGCCCCUGGAACGCCUGGCCCAGUGGGUGCCCCAGGAGAUGCAGGACAAAGAGGAGAUCCGGGUUCUCGGGGUCCUAUAGGACCACCUGGUCGAACUGGAAAACGUGGCUUACUCGGACCCCAAGGACCUCGAGGUGACAAAGGUGAUCAUGGAGACCGAGGUGACCGAGGUCAAAAGGGUCACAGGGGCUUCACUGGUCUUCAAGGUCUUCCUGGACCUCCGGGUCCAAAUGGUGAACAAGGCAGUGCUGGCAUUCCUGGACCAUUUGGCCCACGAGGUCCUCCAGGUCCAGUUGGCCCCUCAGGUAAAGAAGGAAACCCUGGACCACUUGGGCCUAUCGGACCUCCUGGUGUGCGGGGCAGUGUCGGAGAAGCAGGACCCGAGGGUCCUCCUGGUGAGCCCGGUCCACCUGGUCCCCCCGGGCCGCCUGGUCACCUUACAGCUGCUCUCGGAGAUAUCAUGGGUCACUACGAUGAGAGCAUGCCGGACCCCCUUCCAGAGUUUACUGAGGAUCAGGCAGCUCCAGACGACAAAAACAAAACAGACCCGGGAGUCCAUGCCACCCUGAAGUCACUCAGUAGUCAGAUUGAAACCAUGCGCAGUCCCGAUGGCUCUAAAAAGCAUCCGGCCCGGACGUGUGAAGACUUAAAGCUUUGCCAUUCUGCAAAGCAGAGCGGCGAGUACUGGAUUGAUCCUAACCAGGGAUCCGUUGAAGACGCCAUCAGAGUUUACUGCAACAUGGACACGGGGGAGACGUGCAUCUCGGCGAACCCGCCCAGCGUGCCGCGCAAGACCUGGUGGGCCAGCAAGGCGUCCGACCACAAGCCCGUUUGGUAUGGUCUGGACAUGAACAGAGGAUCUCAGUUUGUUUAUGGAGAUCAUCAGUCACCUAACGCAGCCAUUACUCAAAUGACCUUCCUGCGCCUUCUAUCGAAAGAAGCCUCCCAGAAUAUCACGUACAUCUGUAAAAACAGUGUGGGAUACAUGGAUGAUCAAGCCAAGAACCUCAAGAAAGCUGUGGUUCUCAAAGGGUCAAAUGACUUGGAAAUCAAAGCAGAGGGCAACGUUCGAUUCAGAUACAUCGUCCUUCAUGACACUUGCACUAAACGCAAUGGCAACGUGGGCAAGACGGUCUUUGAAUACAGAACACAGAACGUGGCGCGCUUACCCAUCAUAGAUCUUGCCCCUGUGGAUGUUGGCGGCACAGACCAAGAAUUUGGCAUCGAAAUUGGUCCAGUCUGUUUUGUGUAAAGCGAGCCAAGAUGCAUCGACAAGGAGCACCACCCCCGCCCUCCGAGACCGCCCACUCACAGGAAUUUUGACUGUUGGAAGCUGAUCCUGAAACUCUUGAAGUAAUGGCUGGUCCCGCAUCAGCACUGUACACACGGUCUUAAGUGCCUGGCCCCCUUAUCCUUCGGAAUAUUUAUUUUACUUACAUUCCUCAAGUUUUAAUUGAUUUAAAAUAUUUUUAAUACAGCAGUUUAGGUUUAAGACGAGCAAUGACAAUGACCACCUUUUAAAAAAGUAAACUGAUUGAAUAGAGGAAUCUCCAUUUUCUUCAAUUUAUUUCAAUGUAAUGACAAAGUUGCUUAGUAUUUAUGAGAAAAUUUUUCUUCCUGGCAGGUAGCUUAAAGAGUGGGGUAUGUAAAACCACAAAACAUGCUUAUUUCACUUGGCUGUAGUUUGAAAAAUAGUAGUAGAGCCCUUCUGUGACCUCUUAUUCCCAGAUUAUCAAUUAAAAAUGAAAUCAACAUGUUCAUCCUUGUGAUUGAAACCCACAUGCAUGUCUUGAUAUUGUUCAAUUACCAUAAAGACUCUUUGAAGAGAACUUUGAAAAAAAAUUCCGUUUCUCACUAUCUUAAAUGAAAUUUUUUAAUAAUAUAUAUUGAGUGGAGAAACAAAGUGAUCUUAAAUUUUUAUAAAGUGUGGUAAGUUCAGACUUUUUUGUCACUCAAAUUUAAAGAUAUCUUUCCCUCUUGACUCAAUCUGUCGCGUAGAUAUUAGUUACAUGAGUACACCAUUGAACACACUUGCACUUUCUUGUUGAAGAAGACAUUGAAUGCAAAGUAACUUACACGUACAACUUUGUAAACAUAUGUCCAGGACCCAAAGUCAAGAGUGUUCCACAUGUACAGUCUCGUCAUCCUGAAGCCUAUAAUGAAGAAAAAGAUUUAGAAACUCAAGUUGUGGAGCUGACUUUAAUCAAGAGUGAUGAUUGGAAUUAGAACAUUCGGCCUUUGAACUCUCGUAGGAAAAGUGACCCAACAUUUCUUAGCAUGAGCUACCUCAUCUCUAGAAGCUGGGAUGGACUCACUGUUCUUGUUUAUAUUUUAGAUACUAAAAGGUGCUAUGCUUCGGUAAUUAUUCCAAGACUGGAGAUAGGCAGGGCUAAAAUGUAUUACUAUUUUCUUCUAAUGAUGGUGCUAAAAUUCCUUCUAUAAAUUUCUUUAAAAAUAAAGAUGGUUUCAUCAAUACCAUUUGUGAAAAAAUAAUUGUUAGACUUCCCAUUUCUGAAAAAGGAGCAUUGUUUCAGUGCCUUUCCAUUGUUCAUCUGUCAUACUGUAUCCGGAAUGUUUUGUGAUAUUUGCAUGUUUCUUAGACCAGAACAUGUAUGUCCCCUGUGUCUCAAUUUUUUUUUCUUUUUCUUUCCCCUUAAUUGCAUUUGUUGGCUCCGUUUUUAUUUUUCCCUUAAAAAUAAACAUCUGGGACCAUCCCAAAGGCCAAGCCAUGCACGCAACUUUAGUCAUGUAUCUCUGCAAAGCAUAAAAUUAAAUGCACGCUUUUGUCAUGUCAA